CAGCCGCGCUGCGUGAAAGGAACUGGCGCUUGGCUCUUCCGGAGCCGGGCUCGCUUUGCCUUCUCCAGCGGGAGCUGCAGCCAUGGGGACCCUACCGCGCACCGUGGAGCUCUUUUACGACGUGCUGUCACCCUACUCCUGGAUGGGCUUUGAGGUCCUGUGCCGGUAUCAGAACAUCUGGAACAUCAACUUGCAGUUGCGGCCCAGCCUCAUAGCAGGGAUCAUGAAAGACAGUGGAAACAAGCCACCAGCUCUGCUUCCUCGAAAAGGGCAAUACUUGAGAAGAGACGUUAUGCUCCUGAGUCAGUAUCACCAGGUUCCCCUCCAGUUUCCCAAGGAUUUCUUGUCUGUGAUUCUUGAAAAAGGAAGUCUGUCCGCCAUGCGGUUCCUCACCGCUGUGAACUUGGAGCACCCAGAGAUCCUGGAGAAAGUGUCCCGGGAGCUGUGGAUGCGCAUCUGGUCACGGGAUGAAGACAUCACAGAGCCCCAGAGCAUUCUGGCCGCUGCAGAGAAGGCUGGUUUGUCUGCAGAACAAGCCCGAGGACUUCUGGAAAAAAUUUCAACACCAAAGGUGAAGAACCAGCUCAAGGAGACCACCGAGGCAGCCUGCAAAUACGGGGCCUUUGGGCUGCCCAUCACCGUGGCCCACGUGGACGGCCAAACCCACAUGUUAUUUGGUUCUGACCGGAUGGAGGUGCUGGCGUACCUUCUGGGAGAGAAGUGGAUGGGCCCUGUGCCUCCAGCCAUGAAUGCCAGACUUUAAGAUGCCCAGAGAAGUAUAUUGGUAUAAAAAGCAGAUCAUCUAUUAAAACCCCACCCUCACCAUAGGGCCCUAGGGUUUGGGUUUCUCUACCUGAUGGAGGGAGGUAUCCUUUGCCUUGCCCCUGCCCCCAGAGAUGCUGGGGAGGGGUCCACCAUUGGGCCUGCAGCUGCUUGUACUUCUGUGCCUUACACAUCUUUCAGAAAGCCUCAAAUUCUGUCUCACAAAAUAAACUUAAUACCAUGAGGCAAACG